GUCUUACAUUGUCCCAAACCUUGCACAACUUGCCUUUUUCCACAUAUGUGUGGUUUCUCAGAUUCUCUCAAGGAAGGCAGCCGUGUGUCACCCCACCGUUGCUUAUAUAUAGUUAAGGAAUAUAGUUAAGCCUAUAUGCCUGUUGGAGGGCGCCUCCCUGGUGCACCAGCUGCCCCCUGGUGCCGGAGUCUCCUUCAUCUGUAACCUGGGGGUCCAUUCAUUCCCUCACCAAAGAUUGAGCACCUACCUCCAGGCAGAAGGGAGCCCAGAACCCCUACGCUGCAGCUGACAUUCCAGCUGGGGAGACAGCCAGGGCACAAGAUGAAUAAGUAAAAUGAUCUGCUUUGUUGGGUGGUGCCUGGUGCUAGAGAGCAAAAGCAAGGAGCCGAAGGAGGUGAGGAGGGAUGGAAGCACAUGGAGAUCCGGGAGCAGGUGUUUCAGAAGGAGGGGCAGCUGUGCAAAGGCCCUGGGGCAGGCCCAUGCCUGGCAUGUAGCAGGAACAGCCAGGAGGCCUCUGUGGCUACAGCAGAAGGAGCUAGAUGUGGAGAGGGGAGGCCAGGGACCAGACGGGGCAGGUCUUGCAGGGUCUUGGGGGCCUGGGGAGGACUGGGCUUGCCCCCUGGGAUGUGGGAGUGGGCAGUGCUGUAGGCAGGUGAGUACUGGGGGGAGCAGGAUGUGGUUGAGGCAUUAAAUGAGGGCGCCUAGCACAGAGUGAGGACUCCGGCGUGCUCAACUGUCCCGUCCAUUUUGGGGACCCUUGUUUUUCCCGGUCCGCAGCUCAGGUCCCCACCAGCAGCCCGGCGUCCCCGGGGGGCGCGCAGCUGGCCCUGGCAGGGCCCGGACAUCUGGGCCCGGCCCCCCCGCGCACCCCGCGGUGUCGCCUUCCCGGGCGGCUCGGGUUCCCGGAUCCCCUUACCCGCCGGCUCGGCUGUCGCGCCCUGCGCCGGGGGAGGGGAGGCUGCAGGAAGCGACGGAUCCGGCGGCGGCGGAGGCCGGUGGCCGAGCUCCUCCGGCCAUGGAGAGUGCCCGGGAAGCAGAGGCCCCGCGCCCGCCUGCGCCCGCGCCCCAGCCCUCGCCCGCGGAGCCCGCGCCCGAGCCCCGCGCCCGCCCGCGCCUGGUCUUCCGCACGCAGCUGGCGCACGGCAGCCCCACGGGCAAGAUCGAAGGCUUCACCAAUGUCCGCGAGCUCUAUGCCAAGAUCGCCGAGGCCUUCGGCAUCGCGCCCACCGAGAUCUUAUUCUGUACCCUGAACAGCCAUAAGGUGGACAUGCAGAAACUGCUGGGUGGCCAGAUAGGCUUGGAGGACUUCAUCUUCGCCCACGUGCGUGGCGAGACCAAGGAGGUGGAGGUCACUAAGACGGAGGACGCCCUGGGACUGACCAUCACGGACAACGGGGCCGGCUACGCCUUCAUCAAGAGGAUCAAGGAAGGCAGCAUCAUCAACCGGAUCGCGGCCGUGUGCGUGGGCGACAGCAUCGAGGCCAUCAACGACCACUCCAUCGUGGGCUGCCGUCACUAUGAGGUGGCCAAGAUGCUCCGGGAGCUGCCCAAGUCCCAGCCCUUCACCUUGCGCCUCGUGCAGCCCAAGAGGGCCUUUGAUAUGAUUGGCCAGAGGAGCCGGAGCAGUAAGUGUCUCAUGGAAGCAGUAGUGGCCAGUGGGAGGGAGACCCUGCGACUUCGUUCUGGGGGGGCCGCCACCGUGGAGGAAGCGCCCAGUGAAUUUGAGGAGGAGGCGUCUCAGAGGGUGGAUGACCUUCUGGAGAGUUACAUGGGCAUUCGGGACCCAGAGCUGGGUAAGGGGCCAGGCAUCCACCAUGGUGGAGACGUCCAAGGAGACCGAGAGCGUCCAGGAGUUUGCACGCUGUUUAGACUCCGUCUUGGGCGAGUUUGCCUUCCCAGACGAGUUUGUGGUGGAGGUGUGGGCUGCCAUCGGCGAGGCCAGGGAGGCCUGUGGCUAGUGUGCCCCGGCGCUCAGCGCAGCCCCAGCCCGGAGCCCGGCCCCCUGCCACAGCCCUCCUGGGCAGCUCACGAGGCUCAGCCCUGCCCCAGAGCCCAGCCUGGAUCUGAGACCCAGCCCUGCUCCAGGGUCCAGUCCAGCUCCAGAACCCAGCCCCCUUCUAGAGCUCAGGCCGGCUCUGACACCGAGCUCCCCUCUAGGACCCACACCAGUUCUGAGGCCAAGCCCUGUUCUAUAACUCAGCCUGGUGCUGAGGCCAAGCCCUGCCCCAGAAGCCAGGCCAGCUCUGAGGCCACAUUCAUCUCUAGGAGCACCCCUGAUGCUGAGGUCACACCCCGUUCCAGAAUCCAGCCCUCCUCUGGAGCCCAGGUUAGCUUAGAGACAGAGUUCAUCUCUGGAACCCAUACCGGUUCUGAGACCCAGCCCGGCUCCAGGGCCCAGUCCCCUUCUAGAACCCAGGUCGGCUGUGAAGCUAAGCUGAGCUCUGAUACCAAGUCAAGUUCUGGAACCCAUGCAACUUUUAAGACACAGCCCUGCUCUGAGAUCCAUCCCAGUCCCAGAAACCAGCCCCGCUCUACAGCCAAGCCUUGCCAGAAAACUCAACCCAGCUCUGGAACUCAAGACAGCUCCACAAUGUGGUUGCACCUGGACACGUGGUCUGGCUCAGGAAUGCCAGCCAGUUCUGGACCCCAAGAGUCCAAGAAGCAGCCCAGCUCCAGAAGCUAUGCUAGCUCAGGAUUCAAAGACAGCUCCCCAACCCAGACCAGCUCAGGAACCCAAACGCGAGCUGCAGCUCCGUCCAGGUCCGGACCCCAGCCCUGCUCGGAGACCCAGCUGCGCUCAAGCACCCAGCUCCAUCCUGGGGCCCGGCCCAGCUCCAGUGAUGAGUCCGGCUCAGAGACCGAGCCCGGCUCUAGACCCCAGGCCAGCACUACGACCAGACUUGGCUCUGGAACUCAGAGGAGCCCUGAAGCCCCAUCCAUCUCUGAGGCCAGGCCCGCCUCCAGAGCUCAGCUUAACCCCGAGCCCCAAUCUCCUUGCAGAAGGUGGACCAGCUCUAGAAUGCCGUCCAGCUCUGGGACCCAGACCCACUUCAAGGCCCGGCCGAUUUCCCGAGCUCAGCCCAGUGCAGGCAUCCUGCCCGGCUCCAAAGCCUUGCUCAGCUCUGGAGCACAGACUGACCCUGAACCCCCACCGAGCUCCGAGGCACAGUCAAUGGCUGGGUCUCAGCUGAGCUCCGGAAGCCAGCUGAAUCCAGGGAGCCAGUCUCGUCCUGGCGCCCAGACCAACGCAGUAAUCGACUUAAAUUCCACGACACUGCCCAGCUCUGAGGGCAGGCCCCGCUCCAGGCCCCCGCCCCGCCCAGGGGCUCAGCCACCUCCCGGGGCUCACCUCGCCUCGGAAACCCUGCUGCGUUCCAGGUCCCCGCUCCAGGCCGCAGCCCAAGGCAGCUCCGGUACCGAGCCGGGCUUUGAGAAGCAGACCACCUCCGGAUCUCAGCUCAGCUCCGCAGCUCAGCCCAGUUCUGGGACCCGGACAAAUUCCGGAAUUCAGCUGGGCUCCAGGGCGCAGCUCAGCUCUGAGACCCGGCUCGUCGGCUCCAGAACCCAGCCUGUUUCUAGAGCCCAGUUCAGUUCCGAGACCCAGCCCAGCUCCGGGAUUCAGUUCAGCGCCGAGACCCAGCCCAGCUCUAGGGCCCAGACCGACACCACAACUCAGCCCAGCUCUGGAGUACACCUUAGUUCCAGAACCCAGCCUGUUUCUGAAACUCAAUCCAGGUCCAGAACCCAGACCAGCUCCGGAACCCAGCUCAGCUCCAGGAAUGGGCUCCGCCCACAGGCCCCAGACCGUGACCCUGGAGCUCAGCCCGAUCCCACCUCCCCAGCCCAACCGCAGCCCCCGGGCCCCCCACCCAGAGCCCCGACUCCAGACCCUAGCAAAGUCCCUGCACCUCAGCUUCAGCCCCACCACCUGGCACAUGGAACCCUGGCCAGUGUCGGCCGGGGCCAAAGCCCGCCAGCUCCCCAUCUGGCCCCAUGGCCACAGAUCCCCCGGAAACCAGCCCUUUCCCCCAAGCCUCAGCUGGGACCCCAGAAGUGCAUCCCAAGCACCAUAUCAGGCACCCCUAGUGCGGCCCCCAGGGCAGCCCUGCAGCAUUUCCAGCCCCCCAAGCCCCCAGCUCAGAGGCCCGCCCCUACCCCCACGCUCAGGGGGUCAGAGCCCCUCCCCCAACACAGGGGGCCAUAGCUUGGGGGUGACAUAGUUUUGCCCCCACCCCUGCUCCUGCCCCUCGCAGCCCAGGUCCCCCGGGAAGCAGUCAGUGACCUCAUUCCCCCAGUAGGCCAGGAAGGGUGGAAACGGGCUUCAAUUUCACUCCGCCUGGCUCAGGGAGGUGUAAGCGGAUCCCAGGUCUGUGGAGGGGAAGGGGGGCAGGCAGCUCUUGCUCCUCAUGUACCUCCAGGGCUUGUAGGAAUAAAGUUGCCCCCAACCCUGCAGCUGGCU